CACCAUCAACAUAUACUUUAGUUGGAAGUACUAAUUGCACUCUACCUGUUCAGAACUGUUCAGAACAUCGUCGCGGAUCAAAAUCUUCUCAACUUUUUCUCUUAUUUUUUCAUUUUUUUUUUUCGUUGCUUUUUUUAUAAGUUUUGUGUUCAAGUGCAACGAAUUACGAUUUUUGUUGAAUCGUUCAGGAGCUUCCAAAAAUGAGGAGAGGCUCCGUCUUUACAUAUGCCGAAGAAGGUCGAAGGAACUCUGCCAAUAUGGCGCAGUUGGAGCUUCCACGGAACCGGACCGAAUUUGCAGUGGAUCAUAUAAAGUACAAUAGGGAGGGGGGUUGCUUCAUCUCACAUAGAAAACUCGCAAUUACUGCUCUUAUCGUCUUAAUCUGUGUAGUUGCUGCAGGAUUUGUUGGUGUCCACAUUGCUUCUUUUUCAGAGAAGAAAGCUCACGAUCCGUUGGCUUUGAUCGAAGAAGGAGAAGACAAAAUUGAAGAAUUGACAGAAAAGCACACACUUUCACCUUCUGUUUACCCUUUGAGAUACAGUAUCAGUUUGACACCGAUUUUUGUCAACCAAACAAUUUCAAAAAUCCAUGGUCGAAUUGUAAUUCAGUUUCGACAAAAUGACACAGAAAGUUUGGAAAAAUUGAUUUUAAAUGCUAAAAAUAUAAAUACGGUCAAGUACCGAUUGAUCUCAUUAAGUAAAGAGGCAGAAAAUGGUAAAAGCAGAAAAAGAAGGGGGACAGAGGAAGAUAAUAAUUCAACUACAGUUUUGGGCGAGGAGGCUGAUAAUGAGAUGAAUAGUACAACUAUGGAUAAUUUGAUAACUGGAAUUACGGAAGGGGUAGUCGGAACUUUCACAACUGAAGUGUCUGAUACAAUUACAAUUCCCUCGAACUUGGAGAAGCUGUCGGAAGGAGCAAUCGAGAACGGAACUGUCUCUCAAAGUGAUAACGAUAACGUUAAUGUUAACGUUAAAGUUAAUGAGGAUAAUAACGAGUCACUCCCUUCAGGGAGUAACAACAAUACGUCUCAAGAAAAGGGGGCAGUCGACAAAAAUGGAGAGGGGGUGGAAAUGAGAAGAGAUGAUGAAAAUCUGAUUACAGAAUUAGGCAACGACACAUCGAAAAAAACUGGAAUUAGUAAUUACGAAAUCGACCAAGUGGGUGAGGUUCAUGUUAUUCAUCCGGCAGCGCCUAUGGAAACGGGCAAUUACUCUUUGGAAAUUGAGUACGAGGUUCCAGCCAAUAAUUGUGCUAUUUCUUUUUCCAAUUUUACUGCAAGUGGCGAAUCUAGAUGGUUAAUAGCAACUCAGCUGAAACCUAUGAACUCACAUCGACUUUUUCCCAUUUUUGAUGACAUGAAAUUUAAGGCUUGUUUCUCCCUGUCUGUGUCACGUCCCAGAGAAAUGAGAGUCCUCUCGAACAUGCCACUCAAGAUGUCAAACGACUCUUUCGAUGGCCAAAUCCUCGAUAUUUUUGAAGAGACUGAACUACUCUCUCCUCACAAUUUAGCUUUUAUCGAAGGCAACAUUCAGUUUAUUGUAAAAACUGACUACGGUGAACCUAAAAUCCCAAUAAACUUUUGGGGAGAUUCAGAAAGAAAACUGGAAAUGACAUAUUUUAUGGAUAAAAUUGAUGUAGUAUUGGACAAUUUGGUCAGUUUGUUCAACAUCACUUAUCCUAUGAAGAAAAUAGACGUGAUUGGUCUCCCUAUGAUAGUAGAUGGGACGGGAAGUCCCGGAUUGAUAUCAAUCAAAGAAGAACUCUUUUAUGUUGGUGAUAAGUCAGCUGUAGUGAUAAAAAUGAAUGCCAUCAAGAAUUUAAUUCAUCGAGUUGGUGAACAAUGGUUGGGUGGAUUAGUCAACACUCAAAAUUGGACGGAUUCUUGGCUUUUGGAAGGAUCUCUUAUUUAUUUCAGCCACGCACUUCUUAGAGAAAUAGAUACGGCAUUCGACACAUCCGGUUCAUUCGAAUCAGAUGUUCAAUGGAAAAUUAUGGAUCGUGAUGGUUACAGUGUUUCAAGGUCACUUCAAUCCAAGAUACAUGCUUCCCAUUUGCAUGCUUCCGACCCUCAAGAUCAUUAUAGCAAGGGUGCAUGUCUUAUUCGCAUGUUGCAUGGCCUGAUAAGUGAAACUGCCUUUAGGAGCGGCUACCAGAAAUUCCUUAGCAGGUGGAUUUAUGGAAACGGAAAUUUGGAAUCAUUUUGGGAGGCUAUAGGGGCUCAGAACUUUUCGGAAAAUCUAGAAUUGAGGGAUGUGAUGUCUUCAUGGAUCACUCAAAAUGGAUAUCCGGUGGUUUUUGUAAACAGGAAUUACGAAAGUGAAUCUGCCACUAUUAAUCAGACCUGGUUUACGUAUGAUAAUAUCUCAACAUCGAACGAAAAAUUGUGGAAUAUCCUUAUAACUUAUGUUGAGUCACAUCGUAAUUGGACAUUUCCUACAAAAAUCUGGAUGAAAUCAGAACGCGAAAUAUCAGUUGAGAAAAUUGCUGAAAAGGACUCUUGGGUUGUAUUUAACAUUAACAGAACAGGAUAUUAUCGUGUAAAUUACGACAAAGGAAAUUGGAAGCUUUUGUCUGAGGCUCUUCAAGAAAACCACGAACAAUUUCCACCAGAGACAAGAGCAUCUCUGAUCGACGACGUGCUCAACCUUGCUCAAGCCGGUCUCACGUCUUACGAACUGGCAUUUAAUUUUCUCAAUUAUAUCAAAACAAAAGAAAGACAUUACGCGCCUUGGGCCGCUGUGACUGCUCAUUUAUUAAAAUUGAAAUUUUCCCUCUACGAGACAAUUGUUUACCAAGAUUUUCAGAUCUUUGUGCGCAAUUUUGUGUCUAUGAUUUACAGCGAGUUGGAAUCUAAAACAGAGGAAGGAUCACAAUUAGACCGAUUAGUUAAAGAGAUUGCAUGUGCUUUCGAGCACACUCCGUGCCUUGAUUGGGCUAGAAAGACAUUUGAAAUGGCAAAAAAAUCUGGAAGCAGUCUUCCGAUGCAUAUUCGUCAGUUAUUUUACUGUAGCGUCGCCAGAGUUGGCGGGGAGGAAGAUUGGCAAUACUUCCUGCAGAAAGCAAUAACCACGUCAGACAAGGAGGAGAAAAAUCGACUCCUGUCAGCGCUAGCAUGCUUUCAAGUGCCCUGGAUUUUACAAAAAGUUCUUAAAAUGACACUUGAAGAAAAUUCCUUCAGUGAAGAAGAGAGUCGAAUUAUUUUGGAAUCGUUAUCAAAACAUCCAGAAGGAGCUUUUGCUGUUCAAAGAUUUGUGGAAAGAAAUUAUCCAGAUAUAAUUAAAAGGUAUGGACAAUCACAUUCAAUGAUGAAGGCUUUUAUCACAGCAAUGUCCAAGUCUUUGAAGUCAGAACAAGAUUUAUUGGAGUUUCAGGAAUUUAGGGAAAAUAAUUUCGAUAGCCUAAAAAUCAUAGGCUACGACGUUGUACUUGCUGAAGUUGAAUCAAAUGUCUGGAUGCAGUGGAGAAACAAUUCAUUGGAAACAAUAAAGACUUGGAUCAACAAUUACAAUAAGUCGAUUUAGAAAAUUAAACCAAAAUUUUUCAGAUAAAUAAUAACGAAAUUAGUUUUACACAAGAUUUGUUUAAUACCGUUAAAGAAUAAUUCGAUUUUUUAAAUUGAUUUUUAAAAUGAUAAAUUAUUAAAUAUUCUAUAAAGAUUUAUGUUAUCUAGGGUGGUACAAAAACGCAUUAUAAUUUUUUUUUCUAUUUUCAUGCUCUUAACCACUAAAUUUGUUUUAAAAAAAUAAGACAUUCUUUUAUUUUGAAAUAAGUUUAUAUUCAGGGUUUCACCAAUAAUUCCAUAAGCAGAUCUUUUAAAAAAUGUUUUAAACAAUUGAGUUUUUUCUCGAAAUUCCAAGCUUAUUGUAAAUUUUUCGUUUUUCAGUGAGGUAAUAUUUAAUCAAAGUUAACAAACUUUCAGUGAGAGCGAGGAAAUAAUUUAAACAUUUGGUUAAAAAUGCAA